AUGGAGUUAUUUCAAAGCUUGGAAGAUGAGGCAUUGCUUGCAAUGGUGGACAAAUAUUGCUCGGAACCAGUCCACAAUCCUUUCGAAUCAGAUAGCAAGAAGUUCGACGCUACGAUUAUCAAUGAAAAAGCGAUAAUUGAUAAACUGAUUGGUCUUUACCCUAGUUCCGUUGCUCCGCAGUCCGUUGCAAUACUUGAUGCAUUGAUCUAUAAAAUGAGUGCUCCGUACAGGCAUGCCAAAUUUUGGAGGUUCACUCGUCGAGUCUCAAAAGAAUUAAAUAAGUUGAAUGCUCUGAAACUUAAUAAAUAUUUGAAAAAAAUCUCAAAGGAUAUGUUGAAAUCAGAGAUGCAUUACAGUUUGAGUGUUUGUGCAAAACGCUACAUAGCAGCAAUGCUAAUAUGCAGGGCAGUUCGUAGUUGCAGGCUUCGAAAACUUUGCGAGCAAGCAGCCUCACACUGCCUUCAACAUAUACAAACCGGGCAUCUGUUGCAGUCGAAUUUACUACUGCUGGCACUGAAUGCAGAUAUUUAUGAUGCUCUUAAGAAGAAUUUGGAUGGGAUAGUAAAAUGUUACAACUGCUUGCAACCAUUGCUUACCGAUUCCAGUUUAUUGCAUGUCGGAAAAUUGUUGGUAAUGGCAAAUAGUACAUUUCAAAACAGCACAUUUUUGAUUUCAUCACUAAAUUCCUUUCGCUUGAUUGCCGAAAUAUGUGGUAUUGAGGAAAGCGAAUAUAUUGAUUUAUUAACUUCCACUGGUACACAAAAGAUGGCCAAUAGGUUAGAACGUACCAAAAAAAUGUCGACAUAUCAUGAAGAAGACUAUAACCACCAAUUCAGUAAUCGUCUUAGUAGUCAUAUCUCAACCUCUAGUUAUAAACAGUUAGUCACCGAAAGUAUAAUACUAUCUGUAGUCAUUUAUGGUAUAAUCGUUUUGAAGUUUCGAAAGCGGAAGCAUACAUGGCUAACUAAACAGCAAAAAGAGCGAAUAAUCGCAGAAUGGAAACCGGAGCCGUUGGUACCGGAAAUUCCUACCGAACAUUCAGCUCUGCAAACACAUUACUUUGAUGGGAAAGUGAGUAAAUUUGUCACUUACGAUGGUAAGGACUAUUUGAAUUUAGCGACAACGAAUUUUUUGGGAUUGAUCGGUGACAAAACGGUUGAGAAAGAGGCAAAAGAAGCGAUUUCGAAAUAUGGCGUUGGUUCAUGCGGGCCACGUCAUUUUUACGGUACAGUAGAUAUACAUCUUGCACUGGAGAAACAAAUUGCCGAUUUCUUGGGAUGUGAGGAAGCGGUCCUUUACAGCUAUGGUUUUGUAACUAUUUCCAGUGUUAUACCAUCAUAUGCAAAGAAAAGCGACGUCAUUUUUGCAGACAAAGGAGUGAAUUUUGCAAUACAGGAGGGACUCAAAGCAUCUAGAAGUCGUAUCGAAUGGUUCAGUCAUAAUGAUAUCAACGAUCUAGAGAGGUUAUUAAUGGAACAGGCUGAACGGGACCGUAAAUUUCCAAAGCUAGCAUCAAAAACAAGACGAUUUAUAGUGGUGAAGGACUAUACAUGA